AUGCCGCCCGGUGUGGAAUCCUGCACUUGGAACAGAAGAGUGUCAUGGAAUAGCACAGUCCUGGCUGCUGCUCAGACUGAUGCAAAUAGAGAGAGAAUCUCUGGUCAUGAUUUCCUUGUUGGACAUGUUUACAGGGGUGUGGAGACAUUGGGAAAGGAACUUUUUAUGUAUUUUGAUCAGAAAGCUUUGAGGAUUCACUUUGGUAUGAAUGGUUCCAUGCACAUUAAUCCUGAUGGAAGAAAAGACAGAAACGGAGCACAACCAAUUUUGGAGAUACAGCUUGUGGAGGAUACUGUUUGUUUUUGGGAUGUGACAGUAGAGUAUAGAAAUGCAGCUGAGUGUGAGCAGAAAGUGAGGUUGAUGGAAAGUUUGGAUGUCUGUUCUCCAAAGUUUAGCUUCUCAAGAGCAGAACAUGAGAUUAAGCAGCAGAACACCCGUAUGUUGUGUGAUGUGUUACUGGAUCAAGCAGUAUUACCUGGAGUGGGAAAUAUCAUAAAGAAUGAAGCACUGUUUGAUAGUGGCCUUCAUCCAGCUCUUAAGGUUUGCCAGCUGACAGAUGAGCAUAUACAUCACUUGGUGAAAAUGACACGUGAUUUUACCCUGCUUUUUUAUAAGUGCCGCAAAACGGGGUCUCCGCUAUACCGACACUACAAAGUGUACAAGCGCCCAGCCUGCAGGGAGUGCAGUGGCAGCAUCACUGUGUGUCGUUUGGGAGACCAUAACAGGAUGACUUACUUCUGCUCUCGAUGUCAAAAGGCGGAUCCCCAGCUUGUCAAUCUUAGCAAACUGCCAGCUAGAAACAGCCUAAUUGGCUGGGCAUAUGGCAGGGGGUCAUGUUCUAAUGAACAUGUAGCUCAGAAAUCUGAAGAGGAGUGGACAUGUAUGUGCUGCACCCUAAUAAACAAGCCUUCUGCUGAGAUUUGUGAUGCUUGUUUGACUUCAAGACCUGAAGUUCCAAAGAAGGAGAGUUUUGAAGAUUCUGCAGCCUUUAACACAAACUUAAUGAAGUACCCUUGUAAUGAUUUCAGAAAACCAAGCACAGAAAUAAAGAUCAAUAGGAAAACUGCAUUUGGAACUACAACUCUUGUCUUAACAGAUCUUGGUAACAAAACUGUUUUGAGAAAUGAUAUCCAGGUAUCUGGUGGACACUCUCAGUGUGUUUUUCCAAAAAGCAAUUGUAAACAGAUCCAAAGCAAUGCCUGCCAGUCAGGGGGAAGAAAAGACAAGGACUGCUCAUCACCUGUAACUGCCCUGGCUUUGUCCUCCUGUCAGCAGCCUGUCUCUUUCAAACACAUACAGAAGAAACAGAAAACUGAUCAUGUACCUUCAGUUCACCCAUAUAAUACAGCAAUCAGAGCCCUGUUCAGACACAUCCAUUGCCUAGUUAAGAGAAAUGUGAGAAUCUAUGAGGGUUGUCACAGAAAAGUUGGGCAUAGUAACAGCAGUAAUGGGAGUGCAAGCGCACCUCAAACUAAUGUGACAGAUGAUACUCGGAUGUUGAGUAUGGGGCAUCCUCGGUGCAGUAAACACGGCCGUCUCUGCAGCCUCAGAGUUGUGAGAAAGGACGGAGAAAACAAGGGAAGGCAGUUUUACUGCUGCCCUCUCUCCAGGGAAACUCGGUGUGAAUACUUUCAAUGGGCUGACUUGGAUUUUCCAUUUUGUAACCAUGGCAAGCGAUGUGUUAUGAAGACUGUGUUGAAGAUCGGUCCCAAUAAUGGAAAGAACUUUUUUGUGUGCCCUCUUGGGAAGGAAAAACAGUGUGACUUCUUCCAAUGGGCAGAAAAUGGGCCAGGCCUGCCAGAUGACCGUAACUCUCUUCUCUGGUACAAGAGCAAGUCCAGCAAUUUGUUUGGGUCAGCUAGAACUAUAAUUUUUCCAGAAGUUUUGGAAGACUUAAUAAAGGUGUGAGUUUGAGGCAGUCAAGAUGCAGGAAAAUAUGUAUUCAGAUUGCAGAAGAAAAUAAAAUGAUUCCCACUUAAUUCCCUGCAAUAAGAAUUAAUGAAUGAAUGAAUGAAUGAAUGAAUGUUGCUGUUUCAGUUAUAAAAUAUCCUGAAACAUAAAUUUAAUGUGCUUGGCCAUAUGAUUUAAGACAGAUGGCAGUCACAAUCUCUCACGUAAAUCAGUGUGCACUUUUCACUUCAGGCUGUAACACUGCUUUACCAGACUGCUCACCCUGAAGCAUUGUUUCCAAACAUGUUUCUGUAACCCUGUUAAGUAAGGCUGAAGUAAACAUUCUUGGAUGUAGGAAAGAUAUACUGAUCUUUAAUUAAUUACUGAGAUUACAGUGAUAAAUUGUUCUCCUGUGGACAGGCUGCUAACAUUGCUAGAACAUCAUUA